AUGGCUGAAGAUGGAGGCCCCAGCUCGAUCGUCAUCGUCAUCUGCACCUUCGCCGCCGUGAUGUUCCUUCUGAUCGCCUAUUACUGCCUCAAAGGCACCUUCGAGGGGCCGCCGUCGUCCGGUAAUCGGAGAGUAAUCGCCGCGGCCUCCACUUCCAGGCCGCUCAACUCCACCUCUUCCGUCUCCGAGCCCGGAGGCGGAGAUGCCCCAUCAACCGCUCGCGCGGAGACCGUCCUGACGCGGCUGCCGGUGUUCGAGUACUCUUCGGCGGUGCAGAAGAAGAAGAUCAGCUGCAGCGUGUGCCUGAUGGACUUCAAGGACGGCGAGAAGGGGCGGUUUCUUCCCCGCUGCUUCCACUGCUUCCACGUCGAGUGCAUCGACGCGUGGCUGGCGUCGCACUUGGAGUGCCCCGUCUGCCGGGCGUCCGUCGACCCGGCGGCGCCCGAGCUCGCCGCCGUGUGA